AUGGCCAUUUUUCCCGCGACCCGGCAACGGCAAACCCGACACUUUGCUACAGCCUUGAAGAUCGACCUCGACCUCGCAGGAAUCACCGAUCGAUGGCACCCUGUCCAGGUCGACCAUCUCGAACUGAGUGUGGAACAUGAACUUCGUUCCAAUAUCUUUGAAGCGACCUGUGGUCGCUUUGAUUCGGCCGUGAUUGUGAAAUUCGCACGCUUUCCAUGGGAGAUGCCAUAUUUCGAAGCCGAAACGACAGCAUACAAAUGGAUCCAAGGCCACGACGUCGGACCAGAUUUCCUAGGUCAUUUGACCGAGGAAGGCCCAGUGAUUGGGCUUCUCGUGGCCCAUAUUACUCCCUCUCGGCAUGCCACACCCGAGGGCUUGGAUAUAUGCAGCCUUUCAUUGUCGAAACUGCACCAGCUGGGAAUCAAACAUAGGGACAUCAACAAGCAUAAUUUCCUUGUCCACAAUGGAAAACAACCCUCAUUGAUUGUGAAAACGCAUCUCGGUUCGCCAGCCCAGAUGUACUGA